AUGUUUGUGAUGUGGCAGCAAUACAUCCUGACCUGGUACAAAGAGUGCUGUGCUAUCAGGUACCACGAGCUACUCAUACGAGCGCGGUACUUUCGGCAGCAGCCUGUUGAGGUCAUCUCGCAGUUGGUGAAACAUUUUCAAGAGCAUGUGGAUCUGCCUGGGGAUUUCAUCAUCCGCAACGGGGAGGUGGAUCAUCACAUCUUCUUUAUGCGAUCCGGUAAAGCUGGGGUCUAUGUCACCACCGAGCCUCCAGUGUGGGAGAGCGAAGCGGUGAGGUACUUCCGUGGCGGCGAUAGCUUCGGAGAGGUCUCCGUCCUGGCAUCCACGCCACGGACGGCGUGGAUCAUGGCGCGGACCUACUGCAUCACCACCAAGGUGCAUUCAUCCAGCAUCAUGAGUGUCUUGCAAAGCCACCCUGGUAGCUUCCUACUCCUGGUGAAGAACCUCUUGGAGUACCAGGAUGUACAGGUUGACUGGAAGCUGAGCUGGGAAGACUUGAAGGUGAAACUGCGAAAACUUUUUGACACCAGUGAGGAUGCCUUCAACCAAUUCUCCAUGGGGACGGCCUUGAUCACUCACAGCAGCUUCGAGGCGGCCAUGGAGCCCUUGGGUCUCGAGGCUGGGCUGGAGCUGCAAAUCCGAUGGGCCGAGUUGGAUUUGGACUGCAAUGGCGAUGUUUCCUACGAAGAGUUCAGCACGCUGGUGGGCACCUGGGGUAACUCUACAGGAGACGCCUCCUUCGGCGGCCUCGGCCGAAGUGGCACACUGGAUGUGGAUCGGGUGCUGACGCACUGCAGCACUAGCAGUAGGAGUCCCAAAGUCUUGCAGCCAGUGAAUCCCCAUCGCGACGUCUUGCGGCGACGUUUGGCACAUGGAGAUUCAGUCAGUGAGGUGGGUGCAAUGCUGGAGAAGAGAAUUGCGGAGAGCCAUGCCAGCUUGGAACGAAAAUUUGAGCACUUGGCCAAGCAGCUCCUUGAGCCGGGCGCGACAGCAGCACCAGGAGUUUCGCCACCAGAACGUUGCAACGGGUGUGGCGGUGGCGGCACUGCAAGUCGACAGGCAUCCAGCCGGAAACGCGAAAGCCAAAUGAGCUAG